CGGCCGCUGAGCGACUGGGGAAGCGCCCGGCCAAGAGCGAGGGCAGGGUUUGGAUCUAGAGCGGUGGCCUCUCACUGGCUGAGCGGCUCCUUCCCCGGCCCCAUGAGCUGAGAUUUCGCGCCCAUUGGGAGCCGCAGGGACCUGGAGACCGGCAUUUCGGGAUCCCUGAGGGGCCGGAGGAACGACGUUCGAGGGCGCCAUAUUUUCAUGCAUUGCUGCAGGGUAACAUCUGGACUGGACUCCCGGCCCCUCAGAUGCUUGACUGCCCACAAGUUCCUGUGUCAACUUGUUGAAAACCGUAUUGCUGCUGGAGACUUCUCGUCUGCUUCAGGGUAUCUUCAGGGAAGUCAACUCUACAUAAACUAAGAAUUUAGAAGUUCUAAGUGAGAACCUUCAAGUCAUCUAAGAAGAUGGUGGCCCUAUCCUUAAAGAUUUGUGUCCGCCACUGCAAUGUGGUGAAGACCAUGCAGUUUGAACCAUCUACAGCUGUGUACGAUGCCUGCCGAGUCAUUCGGGAACGGGUACCCGAGGCACAAACAGGACAAGCUUCUGACUAUGGGCUGUUUCUUUCGGAUGAAGACCCCAGGAAAGGGAUUUGGCUGGAAGCGGGCAGAACACUGGAUUACUACAUGUUGCGAAAUGGGGAUAUUUUGGAAUAUAAAAAGAAACAGAGGCCUCAGAAAAUCCGGAUGCUGGAUGGGUCUGUGAAAACAGUGAUGGUGGACGACUCCAAGACAGUGGGGGAGCUCCUGGUCACCAUUUGCAGCAGGAUAGGAAUAACGAAUUAUGAAGAAUACUCUUUAAUCCAAGAAACCAUUGAAGAAAAGAAAGAGGAAGGGACGGGUACACUUAAAAAAGACAGGACACUGUUACGAGAUGAGAGGAAGAUGGAGAAGUUGAAGGCCAAGCUUCACACGGACGAUGACUUAAAUUGGCUGGAUCAUAGCCGAACGUUCAGAGAACAAGGAGUGGAUGAAAAUGAGACAUUGCUGCUCAGGCGGAAGUUCUUCUACUCUGAUCAGAAUGUAGACUCGAGAGACCCCGUGCAACUGAACCUGCUUUAUGUCCAGGCUCGGGAUGACAUCCUGAAUGGCUCCCAUCCUGUGUCCUUCGAGAAAGCCUGUGAGUUUGGUGGGUUCCAAGCUCAGAUACAAUUUGGACCUCAUGUGGAACAUAAACAUAAGCCUGGAUUCUUAGAUUUAAAAGAAUUCCUGCCUAAAGAGUACAUCAAGCAGAGAGGAGCUGAAAAGAGAAUAUUUCAGGAGCAUAAAAACUGUGGAGAGAUGAGUGAAAUAGAAGCCAAGGUCAAAUACGUCAAGCUAGCCCGAUCCCUCCGGACGUACGGUGUAUCUUUUUUCCUAGUGAAGGAAAAGAUGAAAGGCAAGAACAAGCUGGUACCUCGCCUGCUGGGAAUCACCAAGGACUCUGUGAUGCGUGUGGACGAGAAGACAAAGGAGGUGCUGCAGGAAUGGCCUCUCACCACAGUCAAGCGCUGGGCUGCCUCGCCAAAGAGCUUCACACUGGACUUUGGGGAGUAUCAGGAAAGCUACUAUUCAGUGCAAACCACUGAGGGAGAGCAAAUAUCUCAGCUGAUUGCAGGAUACAUUGACAUCAUCCUCAAAAAGAAACAAAGCAAAGACCGAUUUGGCCUAGAAGGUGAUGAGGAGUCAACUAUGUUGGAAGAGUCAGUUUCCCCAAAAAAGUCCACCAUCUUGCAGCAGCAGUUCAACCGGACAGGCAAGGCAGAGCAUGGCUCAGUGGCGCUGCCAGCCGUGAUGCGCUCAGGCUCCAGUGGGCCUGAGACCUUCAACAUUGGCAGCAUGCCCUCGCCACAGCAGCAGGUCAUGGUUGGGCAGAUGCACCGAGGCCACAUGCCUCCACUGACCUCAGCCCAGCAGGCCCUUAUGGGGACCAUCAACACAAGCAUGCAUGCUGUCCAGCAAGCCCAGGAUGACCUCAGUGAGCUUGACUCAUUGCCACCUCUCGGCCAGGAUAUGGCAUCUAGGGUAUGGGUUCAGAACAAAGUGGAUGAAUCCAAACACGAAAUCCAUUCUCAAGUAGAUGCUAUUACAGCUGGAACGGCUUCAGUCGUUAACCUCACGGCUGGUGACCCCGCAGACACUGACUACACAGCUGUGGGAUGUGCAAUCACCACUAUUUCUUCCAACCUGACGGAGAUGUCCAAGGGUGUGAAGCUGUUGGCAGCCCUCAUGGAUGAUGAGGUGGGCAGCGGGGAGGACUUGCUCCGAGCCGCAAGGACCCUUGCCGGGGCUGUGUCUGACUUGCUGAAAGCUGUGCAGCCUACUUCUGGAGAGCCUCGACAGACUGUUUUGACGGCUGCUGGGAGCAUUGGACAGGCCAGUGGGGAUCUUCUGAGACAGAUCGGAGAGAAUGAGACCGAUGAGCGAUUCCAAGAUGUUUUGAUGAGUUUGGCUAAAGCUGUUGCCAAUGCUGCUGCCAUGUUGGUGCUGAAGGCCAAGAAUGUUGCCCAGGUGGCUGAAGACACUGUCCUACAGAACAGGGUGAUCGCUGCUGCUACUCAGUGUGCCCUUUCCACUUCUCAGCUUGUGGCAUGUGCCAAGGUUGUGAGUCCCACCAUCAGCUCCCCCGUAUGCCAGGAGCAGCUGAUUGAGGCAGGGAAACUCGUGGAUCGUUCAGUGGAGAACUGCGUCCGAGCCUGCCAAGCAGCCACUGGUGACAGUGAGCUCCUGAAGCAAGUCAGCGCAGCAGCCAGUGUGGUCAGCCAGGCCCUGCAUGAUCUCCUGCAACACGUGAGGCAAUUUGCCAGUCGAGGAGAGCCCAUCGGCCGCUACGACCAGGCCACCGACACCAUCAUGUGUGUCACCGAGAGCAUCUUCAGCUCCAUGGGUGAUGCUGGUGAGAUGGUGCGCCAGGCCCGGGUCCUGGCCCAGGCCACUUCGGAUCUUGUCAAUGCUAUGAGGUCAGAUGCAGAGGCCGAAAUUGAUAUGGAAAAUUCAAAGAAGCUCCUGGCAGCAGCGAAGCUCUUGGCUGACUCCACUGCUCGAAUGGUGGAAGCUGCAAAGGGAGCUGCAGCUAACCCAGAAAAUGAAGACCAGCAGCAAAGGCUGAGAGAAGCUGCAGAAGGUCUCCGGGUAGCAACCAAUGCCGCUGCCCAGAAUGCAAUCAAGAAAAAAAUUGUCAACCGGCUGGAGGUUGCUGCUAAGCAGGCUGCAGCCGCAGCCACACAGACCAUCGCAGCAUCCCAGAAUGCAGCUGCAUCCAACAAGAACCCUGCGGCCCAGCAGCAGCUGGUCCAGAGCUGCAAGGCAGUGGCUGAUCACAUCCCUCAGCUGGUCCAGGGGGUGAGAGGGAGCCAGGCUCAAGCAGAAGACCUCAGUGCCCAGCUGGCACUCAUCAUCUCCAGCCAGAACUUCCUCCAGCCUGGAAGCAAGAUGGUGUCCUCUGCCAAGGCUGCAGUGCCCACUGUGAGUGACCAGGCCGCAGCCAUGCAGCUGAGCCAGUGUGCCAAGAACCUAGCAACCAGCUUGGCUGAGCUGCGCACCGCCUCGCAGAAGGCCCAUGAAGCCUGUGGUCCUAUGGAAAUCGAUUCAGCUCUGAACACAGUGCAGACACUUAAGAAUGAGCUGCAGGAUGCCAAGAUGGCGGCUGUGGAGAGUCAGCUCAAGCCACUUCCAGGGGAAACGCUGGAAAAAUGUGCUCAGGACCUGGGAAGCACCUCUAAAGCAGUGGGCUCCUCCAUGGCACAGCUCCUAACCUGCGCUGCUCAAGGCAAUGAGCACUAUACAGGAGUGGCUGCUAGAGAGACAGCCCAAGCUCUGAAAACGCUGGCCCAGGCUGCCCGGGGAGUGGCUGCAUCUACGAGUGACCCUGCUGCUGCCCACGCCAUGCUAGAUUCUGCCCGAGAUGUGAUGGAGGGCUCUGCCAUGCUCAUUCAAGAAGCCAAGCAGGCCCUGAUUGCACCUGGAGAUGCAGAGAGUCAACAGAGACUAGCCCAGGUGGCCAAAGCUGUCUCUCACUCCUUGAAUAACUGUGUGAAUUGCCUUCCUGGGCAGAAGGAUGUGGAUGUGGCCUUGAAGAGCAUUGGGGAGUCCAGCAAGAAGCUGCUUGUGGAUUCGCUACCUCCGAGCACAAAGCCUUUCCAGGAAGCCCAGAGUGAACUGAAUCAGGCAGCAGCUGAUCUGAACCAGUCUGCUGGGGAAGUUGUCCACGCCACCCGGGGCCAGAGUGGAGAACUGGCAGCAGCCUCUGGAAAGUUCAGUGAUGAUUUCGACGAAUUCCUAGAUGCUGGCAUUGAGAUGGCUGGCCAAGCACAGACGAAAGAAGACCAGAUCCAAGUGAUAGGGAACCUCAAGAAUAUUUCUAUGGCAUCCAGCAAGCUAUUAUUAGCUGCCAAGUCUCUCUCUGUAGAUCCAGGAGCGCCCAACGCAAAAAAUCUUCUAGCUGCCGCUGCAAGAGCUGUAACAGAGAGCAUCAAUCAGCUCAUCACCCUGUGCACCCAGCAAGCCCCCGGGCAGAAGGAGUGUGAUAACGCUCUGCGAGAGCUUGAGACUGUCAAGGGCAUGUUGGACAAUCCCAAUGAACCUGUUAGUGACCUCUCUUACUUUGACUGCAUUGAGAGUGUGAUGGAAAACUCCAAGGUUUUGGGAGAGUCAAUGGCAGGAAUUUCACAGAAUGCCAAAACCGGGGACCUCCCUGCCUUUGGGGAGUGUGUGGGGAUUGCAUCCAAGGCUCUCUGUGGCCUGACAGAGGCUGCAGCUCAGGCUGCAUACCUGGUCGGUAUCUCUGAUCCAAAUAGCCAGGCAGGCCACCAGGGCCUGGUGGACCCCAUCCAGUUUGCCAGGGCUAACCAGGCUAUCCAGAUGGCAUGCCAGAACUUGGUGGACCCUGGCAGCAGCCCAUCACAGGUUCUGUCAGCUGCCACAAUUGUGGCCAAGCACACCUCAGCUCUCUGCAAUGCCUGCCGCAUCGCCUCAUCCAAGACAGCCAACCCCGUGGCCAAGAGGCACUUUGUUCAGUCAGCCAAGGAGGUCGCUAACAGCACCGCCAACCUGGUGAAGACCAUCAAGGCCCUGGAUGGUGAUUUCUCUGAAGACAAUCGCAAUAAGUGCCGUAUUGCCACUGCUCCCUUGAUUGAAGCAGUGGAAAACCUAACAGCAUUUGCAUCAAACCCUGAGUUUGUCAGUGUUCCUGCUCAGAUCAGCUCUGAGGGUUCCCAGGCACAGGAACCAAUCCUGGUCUCAGCUAAGACCAUGCUGGAGAGCUCAUCAUACCUCAUCCGCACUGCACGCUCUCUGGCCAUCAACCCCAAAGACCCACCCACCUGGUCUGUGCUGGCUGGACAUUCUCACACUGUAUCUGACUCCAUUAAGAGUCUCAUCACAUCUAUCAGGGACAAGGCCCCUGGGCAGAGGGAAUGUGACUACUCCAUUGAUGGCAUCAACCGAUGUAUCCGGGACAUUGAGCAGGCUUCUCUGGCGGCUGUUAGCCAGAGCCUGGCCACGAGGGAUGACAUAUCUGUGGAGGCCCUACAGGAGCAGCUGACUUCAGUGGUCCAGGAAAUCGGGCAUCUUAUCGAUCCCAUUGCCACAGCAGCUCGAGGAGAGGCAGCCCAGCUGGGACAUAAGGUGACACAGUUGGCGAGCUACUUCGAGCCCUUGAUCUUAGCUGCAGUAGGUGUCGCCUCCAAGAUUCUGGACCAUCAGCAGCAGAUGACGGUGCUGGACCAAACCAAGACACUGGCAGAGUCUGCCUUACAGAUGCUGUAUGCAGCCAAAGAAGGUGGAGGAAACCCCAAGGCUCAGCACACCCAUGAUGCCAUCACGGAGGCUGCCCAGCUGAUGAAGGAAGCCGUGGACGACAUCAUGGUGACACUGAACGAAGCUGCCAGUGAAGUGGGGCUGGUGGGAGGCAUGGUGGACGCCAUCGCCGAGGCUGUGAGCAAGCUGGAUGAAGGCACCCCUCCAGAACCAAAGGGAACAUUCGUUGACUACCAGACAACUGUGGUUAAAUACUCCAAAGCCAUUGCCGUGACAGCUCAGGAAAUGAUGACUAAGUCGGUUACUAACCCGGAGGAGUUGGGAGGACUGGCUUCACAAAUGACCAGUGACUAUGGGCACCUGGCUCUCCAGGGCCAGAUGGCAGCAGCCACGGCCGAACCAGAGGAGAUCGGAUUCCAGAUUCGCACGCGUGUACAAGACCUGGGCCACGGCUGUAUCUUCCUGGUGCAGAAGGCAGGGGCCCUCCAGGUGUGCCCCACAGACAGCUAUACCAAAAGGGAACUGAUCGAGUGCGCCCGUGCUGUCACAGAGAAGGUGUCCUUGGUGCUCUCAGCUCUCCAGGCUGGGAACAAGGGGACUCAAGCAUGCAUCACGGCUGCCACUGCUGUGUCUGGGAUCAUCGCCGACCUGGACACCACUAUCAUGUUUGCCACGGCAGGGACGCUGAAUGCAGAGAACAGUGAGACCUUUGCAGACCACAGGGAGAACAUUCUGAAGACAGCCAAGGCCUUGGUGGAAGACACAAAACUGCUCGUGUCGGGGGCCGCAUCCACUCCAGACAAGCUGGCCCAGGCGGCUCAGUCCUCAGCAGCCACCAUCACCCAGCUGGCUGAGGUCGUCAAGCUGGGGGCCGCCAGUCUGGGCUCUGACGAUCCUGAGACCCAGGUGGUGUUGAUCAACGCUAUCAAAGACGUGGCCAAGGCCCUUUCUGAUCUCAUUGGUGCUACCAAAGGAGCUGCCAGCAAGCCAGCCGAUGAUCCUUCCAUGUACCAGCUCAAGGGAGCUGCCAAGGUGAUGGUGACUAAUGUCACCUCCCUCCUCAAGACUGUGAAGGCAGUGGAGGAUGAGGCCACCCGGGGCACAAGGGCACUUGAGGCCACCAUCGAGUACAUAAAACAGGAGCUCACGGUAUUUCAGUCAAAAGAGGUACCUGAAAAGACAUCAUCACCUGAAGAAUCAAUAAGGAUGACGAAAGGCAUCACCAUGGCAACAGCUAAAGCCGUGGCAGCUGGGAACUCUUGUAGACAGGAGGACGUGAUUGCCACAGCCAAUUUGAGCCGGAAGGCUGUAUCUGAUAUGUUGACGGCUUGCAAGCAAGCAUCCUUCCACUCUGAUGUCAGCGAGGAGGUGCGAUCCAGAGCCUUGCGGUACGGGACGGAAUGCACCCUGGGCUACCUGGACCUUCUGGAGCAUGUCUUGGUGAUUCUUCAGAAACCAACACCAGAACUCAAGCAGCAACUGGCUGCUUUCUCCAAGCGUGUCGCGGGUGCAGUGACUGAGCUCAUCCAGGCAGCAGAAGCCAUGAAAGGAACAGAGUGGGUGGAUCCAGAAGACCCAACCGUCAUUGCAGAAACAGAAUUACUGGGGGCUGCAGCAUCCAUUGAGGCUGCUGCAAAGAAGUUAGAGCAACUGAAGCCAAGAGCAAAACCUAAACAAGCAGAUGAGACCUUGGAUUUUGAAGAACAGAUCUUGGAAGCUGCUAAAUCCAUUGCUGCUGCCACGAGUGCCCUGGUCAAAUCAGCCUCCGCAGCCCAGAGGGAGCUAGUGGCCCAAGGAAAGGUGGGCUCCAGCCCCGCCAAUGCUGCAGAUGACGGACAAUGGUCACAAGGACUGAUUUCUGCCGCCCGAAUGGUGGCAGCUGCAACCAGCAGUCUCUGUGAGGCAGCCAAUGCCUCUGUUCAGGGACAUGCCAGCGAGGAGAAGCUCAUCUCAUCUGCCAAGCAGGUCGCUGCUUCCACAGCUCAGCUCCUUGUGGCCUGCAAGGUGAAAGCCGACCAGGACUCAGAGGCCAUGAGGCGGCUACAGGUAAUGGUCACUGAUGCUGGUGGGAAAAUACUCCUGUUGGAGCGGGCAGCAGGGAAUGCUGUGAAAAGAGCCUCAGACAAUCUUGUUCGUGCAGCCCAGAAGGCAGCAUUUGGCAAAACUGACGAUGAUGAUGUCGUAGUCAAAACAAAGUUUGUGGGGGGCAUUGCUCAGAUCAUCGCUGCCCAGGAGGAAAUGCUAAAGAAAGAACGAGAACUGGAAGAAGCAAGGAAAAAACUGGCCCAGAUCCGCCAGCAGCAGUAUAAAUUCCUACCCACUGAACUGAGGGAGGAUGAGGGUUAAGGCCGGGCCAGGAUGGCGAGCCCCAGGAACUGGCAUGCAAGAACUGGACAAACAGUGUUCCUGAGAGCCGGGCACUUACCUGGAAACUGCCAGCCCCUCCCCCUGGGGCAAAUCCAGAGCCCUGAGUCCCGUUCUCACUUCUCUGUCCUGUUGGCACUGGCUGCAUGAUCCUGAUGUUGCACGGUACAGUGUCCCACCCACAGUUCCUCCUCUGCCUCCCCUUGUGCCUCGCCAUAUCUCGGGAGAGCGGGGUGCACGUUUUGUGGACUGUUACCAAAAAAGAGAAGUCAGUAUUAUGUCAUUCUCAGACACCUUUGCUUUCAUUGGUCUUCUCUAGGACUGCUGCUGGGCCCCUUUGUGAAAUCAUACUAGGAACAAAAAUAUAACGACCCUGGGGGUGAUAUCAUUGAUGUCAUAGAUACACAUCGAUAUUCUUCUCCCUCUCAAGAGAACAUGAAAGUUGGAGCUGAACGUGGUAAUAAAAGCCAGAAUCACAAACCCAGGUGGACUCUGGGAGGGUGACUGAGGUCCUCCUUCCAUGUCUUGAGCACUGGUUCACCCAAGGGGUGAAGAAUCCCUGCUCCUGUUUGCACGCUUUCUUGCCUCAGUGUGUAAGCUCCUUGUACAAUCUAGACCCAUCUUGUAUCCUGUGGCCCCAAAAAUCAAACAGUUAUUUUUUUUCCCCUCCAUAAUCCAAAGGGCAGAGUUGUGGGAGCCUUGCAGGGCUUGGUGAGCCGGGACUGGAAUAAAAUGCAUGGGCUCCUUA